CGAGCCGAUCGCCAUGGUCGCCAGCGGCAGCAACGGCGAGAACCACCAGCGCAACAUGCAGCACGAGGUCAGAGACAUGAUCUCGACGCUCACCAAUCGCCUGAUGGCGCUCGGUCGGUCCACGGCGCGCUCCGAAGCAAAGAGCCAGGAGGCCGGUGCCGCCGCCGACCACGGCCUCAGGGUCGUCACGCUGGCCGGCGACAACAAGGGAGCGUCCAUGAAGGCGGACAUGGAGGAAUUGAUGGACACCCAUGGGGGGGUGUAUGACGACGACAGCGGCUUGUGCACCCACGCCAACAGCAACUUCCAGGCCGUGAACAACUCGAUUGUUCUUGGUGGGAGCUGCUCCGCGGAGGAUCCAGGUGUCCAUCUGGUCAUAUCAGAGUACUCACAGGACGAGGAAGAUGACGAGGAUGAUGAUGACGAUGAUGAACAUGAGAAGCACGGGAAGGAGGAGGGCAAAGACAAGGAGGAGAAGAAGGAAAAGAAGAAAAAAGAAAAAGAUGAGAAGAAGAAGAAGAAGAAGGAAAAGGAUGAGAAGAAGCAGCAGCAGGAGAAGAGCAAAGAUAGCACCAAAAAAGAGUUGGAAGUCGAGUAGGGAGAGUGGGAAAA